AUGGACCGUCUAGCCGUGAUUUCUGGGCAUCUGUGUCCCCCAAAGCGCGACGAAGAAGAGCAGCAAGAUGCACGGACUGUCGCGCCGUCACCAACGUUGUCGUUGAUUAACACAGCCGAUCCGCCGUCAACUUUCACCCAGGCCCAGCCGGCCACCGCCUUCCCGCCGUCAAAGUCCGACUACUUCGGCCUGAACGACCUGCUGACACCCGAUCAGCAGGCUCUCCGGCUGCGAGUCCGAGAAUUUAUGGAGAGAGUCGUCGCUCCCGUCGCACCAGCUUAUUGGGAGAAAGCGGAGUUUCCGCACGAGCUGGUGCCCCAGUUUGCCACGCUCAAACUGGCUGGAACCACCAUCAAGGGCUAUGGGUGUCCAGGCUUGUCAAUGACAGCAGCAGGGGUAGCUGCAGCGGAGCUGGCUCGAGUGGAUGCGAGCUGUGCCACCUUCAUUCUCGUGCACAGCUGCCUUGGCAUGCUCACCAUUGCGCUGUGUGGCAGUGAGGAGCAGAAGCAGAGGGAUCUUCCACAGCUGGCAGAGCUAAAAAAAGUCGCUUGCUGGGGCUUGACAGAGCCCGACUAUGGCAGUGACGCCAGUGCUCUCACCACCACGGCUCACAAGGUGCAGGGCGGAUGGGUGCUCAACGGUUUCAAGCGGUGGAUCGGCAACAGCACCUUCGCUGACGUCAUCAUCAUCUUUGCCCGCAACACAUCGACCAAUCAGGUCAACGGUUUCAUUGUGCGCAAGGGUGCAAAGGGGUACAGUGCGGUGAAGAUGGAGAACAAGAUCGGGCUGCGGAUAGUGCAGAAUGGGGACAUCACCCUCAAGGACGUGUUUGUGCCGGACUGUGACCGCCUCCCAGGAGUCAGCUCCUUCCAGGACACUAACAAGGUCCUAGCAGUGUCACGGGUGAUGGUAUCCUGGCUCCCCGUCGGCAUGUGCAUGGGCAUAUACGACAUGUGCCUGCGCUACCUGCAGCAGCGCUCGCAGUUCUCCGCGCCGCUCGCCUCCUUCCAGCUGUGCCAGGAGAAGCUCGUGCGCAUCCUGGGCAACGUGCAGGCCAUGUCGCUGCUCGCCUGGCGGCUAUCCCAGCUGUACGACCAGGGGAGGAUGACGGCCGGGCAUGCCAGCAUGGCCAAGGCCUGGAUCACUCUCCGAGCACGCGAAACGGCCGCUUUGGGCAGGGAGCUGCUGGGUGGAAACGGCAUUCUGGCAGAAUUCCUAGUGGCCAAGCACUUCUGCGAUUUGGAGCCAAUCUACACGUAUGAGGGCACGUACGACGUGAAUGCGCUUGUGACGGGGCGGGAGGUGACAGGGAUUGCAAGCAUCAAGGCGCCUCCUGCUCGCAAGGCCAAGGACAGUGGCAAGGGCAUGCUGUGA